UCAACCGUUCCAAGCUUUCACUAAUACAGCUUGUGGAGUCUCUUGAUCAAAACUUUGCUAUAUAAUACCCUCAAUUCAGCACUCUACUUAACUACUUGUCAUCCCUACUCAUCUAAGAAAAAUCCUAAUCACAAUACAAAUAUGACUUGUAGUAAGCUGAUCCUUUUUUUGGUCCUUGGUGCAGUAGUAUGCACUACUGGGGCUAGGAAGCUAGCAAGUACCUCUAAUUCUUUCCAAGAUGAGAAAUUCCUCUUUGGUCACCACGGUGGAGGCCUAGGCGGAGGUGGUGGCAGCGGAUUUGGUGGUGGAGCUGGUGGUGGCCUUGGUGGUGGUGGCGGUGUUGGAGGAGGAGCCGGUGGUGGUCUUGGAGGUGGUGGUGGCGGAGGACUUGGUGGUGGUGGCGGUGUUGGAGGUGGUGCUGGUGUUGGAGGAGGAGCUGGUGGCGGUCUUGGAGGUGGCGGAGGACUUGGUGGUGGCGGCGGUGGAGGGCUCGGUGGUGGGGCUGGUGCAGGUGGUGGUGCUGGGUAUGGAGGUGGAGCUGGAGCAGGUGGUGGACUAGGUGGAGGAGCAGGUGGCGGUGGUGGACUUGGUGGAGGACUUGGAGGUGGUGCUGGUGCUGGUGGUGGAUAUGGUGGAGGAGCAGGUGGCGGUCUUGGUGGAGGACAUGGAGGUGGUGCUGGCGCUGGUGGUGGAUAUGGUGGAGGAGCAGGUGGCGGUCUUGGUGGAGGACAUGGUGGUGGUGUUGGUGCUGGUGGUGGAUAUGGUGGAGGAGCAGGUGGCGGUCUUGGUGGAGGACUUGGAGGUGGUGCCGGUGCUGGUGGUGGAUAUGGUGGAGGAGCAGGUGGUGGUGGAGGACUUGGAGGUAGUGCUGGCGCUGGUGGCGGAUAUGGUGGAGGUGCUGGUGCUGGUGGUGGGUAUGGACAUGGAUUUCCUUGAGCACGUACAACUCCUUUACAUAAAGUACUACAAACCCUAGAAAUCUACCACAUUAUAAUUAUUAUUAUUAUUUCGCACUUGAUUUCUUUCACCUGAGUUACGUUCGUCUAGGAUGGUAGUAGCAAGCUUCCCUAGAUCCUAAGUGGUUAUACACGAACUUAAUUUGCAACAUGUACCGAUGAUAAGUACUACUAGAGUGUUUGAUUUAUAAAUGAAUUAAUCAAUAUUCAAGAAUAAUCUUUGCCUUA